CUUCGGUAUACAAUGCCGCUUGAAGAAAAAAAUACGAUAUUGGAAUCGCGAUUAGGCGAAGUGUUUUCUGGGAUGUCUAAACAAGCGAUGCUAAAUAUGUCGCCAAGAAUAGACACAGCCGGUACGAAUGACACUAAUAUAUUAGGCAUAGACCUGGAUAUGAUAUCCAAAACUGGCCUACAAUCCAAGGUUGCACCUCGUUCAUCGCGCGUACCGUCAGCACCGUGGCCUACAUCUCGGAAAGCAGAUGUUUUCUUUGCAUCCCCAAUGAAAUCCUUGGUGAAGGACGCUGAAGAAGAAAAAAGUAGCGGUAAAACCAUUUGUGUUAAUGAUAUUGAUAGCGAGCAAAAGGAGGCAACGCUCGAGAUUGAAUAUGAAGCUACAUUCAUAAACCCAAAUAGCGACAGACCGCCACAGAACUCCGCAGCCAACUUAUGGUCAACGCGUGACAAGGAGUGUACCGUAGACUGGGACGGCUCUGACAGUACACUUUCUUCCUCAGUAGAAAGCUCGAUGAAUUCGACUAAGCCUAUUGAGCAAGUUUACGGUGGUCUAGGUAGUGUGUCAUGUCCGCUAAUCAAAUUGGGGAGUGACAACUCCUUCGUGGAGUCGGCGUCGUCAAGUACUACUGACAUGCCUGAGAGUAGCAUAGAUGAGGAAUCUGGUAUUAGCUCUACUAUGAGUUUAAAGUCUGUCACUGAGAAAUCGUCGGAUGUUUUCUCUGACAGCGGGGCUUCUAUUAGAUGUCUAGACACCACGCGAGUCACCAGUGACCAUGGAAAGCACUCGCCUUCCGCUAAUUCAGGCACCGGGCUUAGUACCGAUAGCGACUUUGACAGUUGCGAAGAUCAGGAUGUACACCACGAAUACACUAAUACAGUAGUGGACUUUGUGCUAGAGGAUGACAUGGAAUGCGAUGAUGGAGGCCUCCGGUUUGCUCCUCCCGUACAAUCCAGUACACAAUCCCACUUCAGCAAAAAAGCGUUGAGUGAGAGUACCGCACUUUCUUCUGGGUCGAGUUCAUUCAUUCAGAUAGCAGGGGCCGAACGCCCUCGAUCCUCUCUGGAACAAACCUCGAGCAUGAAGGAGAAAUGGGGUACCAUGUCCAACGCCGCUUACGGCUCAGACGCGGGUACACCACCAGACUCCUACUUAGCUAAACGGGACGAGUUCAACGAAGAGCACAUCCCCGUGUAUCCUCGAUCCCGGCACAUGUCUUGGACCUGUUUUGAUGACGCAGUACAUGGAUCACCCAUGUCCCAAACGAGCACGGAUUCGAUUGGAACGCUGGCAGGCAGCGCCCCGUAUGCGCAGAAUAACGGGAUCAACGAGGUACAGCGACAAAUGUCUCACGCUUCGGCAUUGAAUGCAAGCAAAAUCAUACAGUUUGGCCCUGCUGGCGGAAGCCGUACCGACCAUAGCAAACUCAAACAAACCCAUUCCUUCGCUACAUUUGGGUCUGAGAGAAAAGACAAUGCUUUUACCAUGUCGCAUGACCGUAUCUGGGGAUCGGAAUCAUCCGCUAACAACAGUACAAUGGAACUUGUGCGCGGGGAGCAACGAAGUAUGAGCACAAAGGUCAGCGAUUGGGAGAGCAGCGAUAUGAGUCAUUCGCACUCACAGCAGUCCUUUCACACACAGUAUGUGGAUGAUCGAGAGACCAUGCGUGCGCAGGAGAGAGACGCUUCAUAUGUAUACGGCAGAAAAUACACUCCGACAGGCGGACCGUCCCACCCGCACGCGCAGAAACGCACCAACCGGCCUCCGAUGAAAGUGUUUGAGCGCACAAGUUCUUCCAUGAGUGCCAAUGGGCAUCCUGGUAAUAACUACGCCAGAUACGAAGACUAUCCGGAUAGUGGCCCUCCGCACGGUGACUUUAGACGCCACAGCACAUUACCAGGAUCGCUCUCGGGUAGCUCUGCGCAUCAGGUGCGGCGCGAUUCACAGCGUCAACACACGCAGCCGCCACAGCAGCACCAGCGGUCCAUGUCGUCUGCUUCUGGCUCGUUUGUGCACACAAGCAAGCACAUGAGCUCUGGGUCUUCCGACUCGUUGCAGGACUUUUUGGGCUCGUACGGGACUGGCAAUGGCAGUGGUAAAACAGGGUUCUCUGAUUCGGGAACCUUCUCAGAUAGUAGCAGCAACCCCGCUUACCAUCCUGGAAAUAGCACGCGACAACGCUUCAACAGCGUACAAUACGAACGCAGCAACAACCACGGGAAUGAGCCUCACCGAGGCGGGGGCUUCUACAACAACCAGCCGAAUGAAUAUGACGUAUACAACAGCGCUUACCCACCCCCACAGCCCCACAACAUGAAUCAGCAACAGGCACGUACAUCUCGCAGACAGUUCUCGUUCAACGGCACCAGCGCUUCGUCGCAUGUAUCACCCAGCGGAGACAGUGGGUGGACGCCUAUGCGUGCAGCGCCGCUUAACCAGCAGAAAUACCCGGCUGGUAACAAGGCACACAACAAGGGGAUGUCUUCGCCCAGGUAUGACCGUGGUGUAAGUGUAAACUCCAGCACAUCUUUUAUGCACCAGAACAUGAACAACCACCACAAUACCACCAACAACAGUGGUACCCGUGGGGGAAUGUACAGUGCUUCGAGCGACUAUGCCCCUGGGUAUCCAUACGGAGCACAAAGUGUAGGUAAGAAUGGCCCUCCACCCACGGCCAGGACGGCCCAGAGAUCGAUGUCUCUGAACAAUCAGCGAGCGAUACAUAUUGCGCAAAACGAGGCUGUACCAAAGGGAAGAAAUGCUGCAAGUCGACAAGUCAGCGAGUUGGGAACCGCCACCCGAAUUCAAAUGAGUCGCACGCGUGGAGGAAGUAUCAACACUCCCACCGCAACCAACGUCGGGGCUUCGUCGAGAUUUGAUAACGCCAUUGUAUGGUGUGACAUAGAUCAAGGUAUUGAGAUGGCGUCUUCAGUGUCCUCUCCCUUCGUGAAUGGACGGAAAGUGCUGUACUACUUCAGCCGCCGGACUAAUCGCAAGACCAUAAUGUCCUUGAUCGAGCCAUCCUACCUACUUGGAACACCCCUGGAGAACCCUGAGGUCAACAUUGGAUUUCUGACAUUCCACGACUGUGUGGAGUUGCGCACUCUCAAAACGGGCGAGAUUCUGACCCGCAAUCAGAGGAACAAUCUGAGAAAACGCCUCGCAACUACUGCCAGAACCAUCGUGCAGGUUGAUGUACCGCGUCUGCUGAACGACUUCACUGAUCCCGACUGCUGCCCACGAACUGCAUACCACCACUCCAAACUCAAUGCCUACCUCGUGAGCCCAGCGGUCAUCCAAGUGCUACUGUGCACUCGUGAAAACGAAAUUGGAGCGGAGCCUUAUCUCGGACACACCAUCCAGGUGCAGACACUCUUUGACUUGGCCAAGAAUGAAUCGGCCACACGCCCAUUGGCUGAUUUUAUCAAGCAGAGCGAGAGAAACAGUACGGCACUCAACAUCAACAUCAGGGAUUUCAAGGGCAUGUGCCCCAUCCACUACGCCGCUAAGGCGGGAUUGGCUGGAACCAUCGAUGUGCUUAUUCGUGAAGGAGCUGAUGUAAACGUAGUGGACAAGUCGGAACAAUCGCCUCUGCACUACGCCAUCUACAACGGCCACAAGGACGUGCAAUUCCAGCUUCUGCGUGCGGGUGCAAAGCUAGACACGCGUAAUGUGAGCGGAAACACACUCCUACACGUGGCAGCGUACCACAACCAACUAGAGAUCGCUGAGGCUAUCCUGGACAAGGCCCCCGAGUUGCUGUACCUUCGUAACCACAAGUUCAACUCCACCCCACUGGAGUGUGCGGGCCACAAGACUCUGAGUGAGAUGGAGAGCUUGCUGGGACGGCGUAUGGCUCGCAUGUCGAGUAUGGGACUGAGUGGUGGCAGCGGUUCUGAUUGGGAUGCAAAUGGCGAGGGCAACUCGGUUUCCUGGGUGGGCCAUUUGAAGGGCGAGAGCGCAGUGCCAGCUAGCCAGAGUGUCCAGGAAAGCACAGACAGGGUUGCACAGGAAAGUUCGGUACUUAGUAUGAAGAUGCGCGCUCCCGGGGGCGUGUCAUCGGUCACCCCCAACCCUGAUGAGGUGACGAGAGAAAACAACAAUCCAGAACACCAGAGAGUGACGGACGGGAAGAAACGGGUGCGAACCGUUAGCAUGCACGAGGACAUAUUUGCAGCUAACAAGAGUAACAACAAACCCAGCACCAUCAACGACAGGGCAACGGAGGGGACUGGCGGGCUUAACAUGGAUUGCCACUCCGCAUUUGGAAUGGGUAGCAACGAUAGCCUGGCGUGUGUAUCUGAGGAUGUUGCACUCGAGACGGACGAGGAGAACUAUGUGUUGAAUCUACUUAUGAAGACCUCGCUCAAGGUGUCUGAAGGACUGAUGACGUCGACUGCGGGCGAGGAAUGAGCUCAUGUACUUUUUUAUGGAGGGAGUGUCCGUAUAUACACACAGAAGGGGUGUGGUAUAAUUAAUCAUGACAAAUUAGGACCACAAAUAUAAUGUACAUUCACGAUUGCAAAACAAAAUAAGUGUGGUGCAGGGCGAAAGAUAAGGUUGAUGCACGUAGCUGAGUGCGUAUUUGGCCACCCAAAAAAAGUGUGGCACGCACUCAGAGCUCUCCACCAGGCUCACCCACACAUGUACGCAUCUACAUAUAACUAUAUAUAUAUAUAUUAUAAAUAUAUAACAACGAAUUCUCACAUACGACUACAUAUCUGAAAGAGAACAAGAAGCUUUCUAAAAAGCGGCAGUCAAACAAGAUCUGCAAACAUGUAUAUGAACCGUAGUAAGCGCUGGUCGUGCACUGGACUACGGAAUAUAUGAGAAAUGUGUAAGUGGAUCAGAAAUGACAUAACACACGGGGAAUAUAAAAAGAACAAUCUGCCGGGUUGAACAAUACACUCAGGCGAGGAGAAGAUAAAAACGAGCACUAUUCCAAAUAAAUAAAAAGGAUAUGUAUUGUCUCG